AUGGAGGUGGUGUUGCCGCUGGCGGUGGUCUGCGUGCUGGUGAGCGGGGCGCCCAACGCGACGCAGCGCCGCACCGACACGAACGACCAGCCCCUGCUGCCCGAAGAUGAGGACGACCUACACCUCGACUACUAUGACGAAGAACGCAUCAACAUAUCGGAAAAGGGCAUGUACCUGGGCUCUCCCUGCGAGUUCACGUGCAACCCGAAGCUUCAGCACGUGUACUGCGAGCCGUCCACGCUGUCCUGCCAGUGCGAUCCGAAGCACCCAGUCGCGCUCGGUGUUGACAAGGGCUGUGCUAAACCAAAGAAGCUGGGCGAGCAAUGCUUUUACCGGCAGACGUGCCACGCGUUCGACCCUCAUGCUACUUGCGUACAAAUCAACCACAACGCGUUCUGCCAGUGCGAGCCGGGCUACCACAGCACCAGCCACUCGCGCCCGGUACCGAGGAUCUUUUGCACAGAAGACGUGGUGCUGCUGACGACGGACAUGCCGAAGCUGCUGGGCGUGGCGUCGGGCAUUUUCGUGCUCGCGGGGCUGCUGUGCAUGGUGCUGCACCUGUACACGCGCGCGCGCUAUCACCCCGCACACCUAGCAGACGCCAGGCUCACCCCGCCCUGCCUGUACACGCUCAAUGAUACUGGUGGUACAGUGAGCGCGACCCGUGUGUCAUCGCGCGCGUCCUCGCGCAGUGGCUGCACGAGCGGCACGGCUGGCACGGUGGGCACGGCGGGCACGGGGGACGGUGCAAGGGGUGCGGGGGGUGCGGGGGGCGCGCGGGGCAGCAACGCGUCGCGCGCAGGUGCGGCGCGCGCGGCCGCCAUCUUGCUAAUCUCGCGCCACCUGAAGGCCGUAAGGGACGGCGGCGCGCACCCGCCUAAGUGCGCCGCCAAAGGUUCGCGACGUCCAAGUCUAAACUCAGUCCAGAGCAGCUCAUCGUCGAUAAGGAGUUACAGUGCGAAGAGAUGGGAGAGGGAACGGGAGCAGAAGGAGAGGCGGCAGAUGAGUAUGCGCCUCGCGCAACUGCACGACAAGAUGGCGGCCGGACGCGAUCUGCCGAAGCACGCGCCCACGCCUUCUCCGCGCUCUCCAAAUAACUCCACCGAUGGGCUGCUGCCCGCCGUUUGUGAAAUUAGAGAAUUAAUAACAAAUUCGGAGCAACAACUUCAGGGAGUAGACGGGCCAUGUUCGAGUUCGUCUCUUUACUGA